AGCAUCCUGAAUGCCGGAGCAUAGCUAAAAGGACUGAAGCAAACAUUUCACCAUGAGGGACCCACUGACAGAUUGUUCGGGGAGGAAGGAGGCCUGACAGUAUCACAUCAUUCAUAGAUGACAACUUAUGUUUGUGGAAAUAAAAAUGAGAAAGCUUGGUUGCUCAAUAGUGAUUUUACUCUCAUGCCUCAGAGGAGAAUCAUUUCUUCAUGACGGAGGCUACAUUUGGAUUGCACUACAGUAUAAUAAAGUAUACAAGAACCUAAAGGAGUUUUCUCAAAAUGGAGAAGAUUUCUGCAAGCAGAUCACAUCCAUUCUUCAGCAAAGGGCAAAUUUGGAGAUCAGUUAUGCCAAAGGACUUCAGAAACUGGCCACCAAACUGAGCAAAACAUUACAGAGCACAAAGAAAAACUGUGUUGUCAGUGCCUGGGCCUGGGUCUCGGAGGGCAUGAAGUCGGCAGCGGACCUGCAUCAAAAACUUGGCAAAGCAAUUGAGUUGGAAGCAGUAAAACCAGCUCAUCAAGUCCUGAGUGCACAUGAAAAGAAGAGAAAAUCACUUGAUAAUGAAGUUGAAAAGACAGCAAAUCUUGUCAUUAGCAACUGGAAUCAUCAAAUUAAGGCCAAGAAGAAAUUGAUGGUUAGUACCAAGAAGCAUGAAGCGCUUUUCCAUCUUGUAGAAAGCUCCAAGCAAAUUACUACCGAGAAGGAGAAGCAGAAGCUCCUCAGUAAACUGAAAAAAUCAACUGAGAAGUUGUCAAAAGAAGAUGAAAAUUACUACCAAAACAACAUGGCCAGCUGUUCUAUCAGACUGAAAUGGGAGAAUACACUGGAAAACUGCUUCCAGAGCACCCUGGAGCUGGAGAAGGAAAGAAUUCAACUCUUGUGCAAUAACUUAAACCAGUACUCCCAACAUAUUUCUGUUUUUGGCCAAACCCUGACCACAUGCCACACGCAGAUUCACUGUGCCAUCAGCAAGAUAGAUGUCGAAAAUGAUAUCCAGGCUCUCGUGGAAGAAACCGCAGUUUUAUCUACAGAAAAUAAAUCUGAGUUCCUAUUAACAGAUUACUUUGAAGAAGAUCCUAAAAAUGCAAUGAGUAAAGAGCGACAGGCAUCUUCAAUAAAAUCAAAACUGUUGAGACUGCAAAAAGAUAUUGAAAAAGCCUCGCGAGACCAGGAAGGCCUGGAACGAAUGCUGAAAGCAUACUACAGCCACUCCUCCUUCUCAGACACAGAGAGCCAAAAAAGCACAGCAGCCUUAAUGGACGAGAAUAACUUGAAACUAAACCUUUUGCAAGCAAACGCCUAUAAACUGUCAUCCGUCUUAGCAGAACUUGAGCAAAGACCUCAACCCAACCAUGUCUGUAGUAACUCCAUCUUCAAGUGGAAAGAAAAGCAGCAGACACAUAGUUCUGUAAAAAUAUCUCGGCCUUCUCUGACAAAGAGAUUAGAGAAUGUUGUGAGCAGGUCAUCGUCUGGUGGGCAGAGAAUUCCAAGUUCUUCAUCUACAGCCUCCAGUGUGACCCAGCUCGGCAAUGGUCUUUGCAAGGCCUUAUAUUCUUUCCAAGCCAGGCAAGAUGAUGAAUUGAAUUUGGAAAAAGGUGACAUUGUGACUAUACACAAGAAGAAAGAUGAAGGAUGGUGGUUUGGUUCUUUAAAGGGGAAAAAAGGCCAUUUUCCUGCUGCUUAUGUGGAGGAACUCCCUUCAUAUGCCGGGGACACAUCUUCACAAGCAUAAGCAAGAUUCUGAAGGCAUCGCCUUACACUCUGUAAAUUAUACAAUGUGGUGCAAAUAAAGACAAAUGUUGUGAU